ACUGCAACCUUACUGUUUCCAAUCCAUCUGGACAGUUUGUCAGUCCUAACUACCCGAAGGAAAUUGCUAAUUAUAACUCGUGCGGGUGGACUUUGAGUGACAAUUCAAAUAUUUACUAUGUCGUUAGGUAAAAAUGAUUUAGUAAUAAAUUAUUAUCUUUCAUAGGUAUAACAUUCGUGUGCAUUUUUUUAUGUUCUAAAUAUUGCAUUUGUAAUGCAUAUUCACGUUCACGGAAAUUCAAAUUAUAGAGGACAGGGUCAAGAUUGCAUCACGAAACUAAAUACACUUGGCUUUGACAGUGAACGUUUUCAAAGUAUAGACUACUGCGUUUCUUAGGAUAACAUUGAGGCAGACAUAGAAUCGGAAGAUUUUGAUGACAAAGGAUUAACAGAAGUUUACUAAUGAAAAUAGGUGAUAAUGGUAGAAUAUGCAAAUACCAACGAUUAAAAAAAAUAAGAGCAAUUAUGUAGUCGGAAUUUAAAUUUGUUACUCUCAGUUUGAAUAUGUGGGAUAUUUUUGUGAAUGCACAACUUUAACUCCUGUUUUCUUUCAGCAUUCCUGAGAUAUGCAUUGAAAACGUUAUUGUCUGGCGUAUUGACGAGCUAAUUAUUAACAUCAGAGGCACUGUAACGAACACGUCGAUUUGUAACACAGGCGAUAACAGCACAUACAUUUUUGCUUCUUCAGGAAAGUAUAUGUACUUUUUUUUUUCGACACGCCAUAGUCCUGCUCGGAGAUUCAGUGGAUCUUAUCGUAGUUAUGGUAUAAGAUGUGUUUUGUGAUUGAAUACAUUAUCACUUGCUACAGAGUUGUUGCUUAAUGAAAAUUUUAAGCACCAUAAUCCCCGCAAUAAGAGGAUUUGAAUUUCAAUAAAUUUUAAACAUGUAAUUGUUUUUUUUUAAUUUGUUUUUUUUUUAUUUAGAAAACUUUAAUGUUGCUAUGAAGAGAACAAGAAUAUCCUUUGUUUAAAUUUAGUAAUUUUGACUAACAGAGCUCACUUCUUUUUAGAAUACAAUACAACAAUAACGGAAUCAAAAUUUGGAUACAUUGCCAGCCCCGGUUA